AGACACACUGUUUAAAAGACAGAGCUCUUCGUUAAAGGGGUAGUUGCCUACAUCUUCUCUUAACACAAUUCAAGCCUGACUUUUCAAAUUCAAGUUUGACUGCCACUAUGAAAUAUUUGGCUCUGGCAUUGUUGCUAUGUGCUCUGGCGUCACUGUCAAACGCUCAAUGCUACAGGAAACCAAUGACACCAGGCCUCACCCAUUGUCAGGACGAUGUGGAUAAGACAUGGCAUGAAAUGGGAUCUUCUUGGAGAAACAGUAAAUGUAUGGACUGUGACUGUGAUGGGUGUUGCGCUGGGUAUUCAACCCCCAGGAGCUUCCCUGAUGACUGUGUGUCAGUGUUUGACUCGCAGGCUUGUCAAUACAUAGUGCACAAGAGAGACGACCCAACCGUACAUUGUCAAAUUUUUGGAUCUGUAGGGAAGUGAUGGAGUGGUCUGAAGGUCUGAAGUAUGGCAUGCAGAUGUGAUCCCUCACUGGCUUCUCACCAGGAAACGUGUCUUGUGUGUUGAACCACACGACCAAGCAGGAAGCAUAGCUGCCAGAAAUAAAAAUAAAAAUGAAUAAAUAAAUCA